AUGUCUAUAGCAACCCUCGGCGGACAAAUCUCGGACUUACGACCUUACAACAUCCACGGACUGAUGCUUCGGAGCAGGUUUGAUAACAAUAAAGCUGUCGAAAUUUGUGGUCUGGAAUCAGAGACUGUGACGGCGUCAGAUCUGCCAAUUAUAUCGGAAACAUGGAACUUGAACCCAAUCGCGGAUCAUAUCGAGGGAAAUCUUCCUCGUUCUAUUGAAAUGCUUAUCGGUGCUGACCAUUUGGCGCAAAUCGACCUUGAUUCGCAGCGUUCCUUCGGUGACAUACUCGCGACCAACACCAUUUUCGGUUGGGUAUUCUGUGGCCCUGAAUCAAAGGGUACCUCGCUAUUGAGCUCGGUCUUGUAUGGCAAAGUAGACCAACUUCAACCAGCAACAAUACUGUCGCGACCUGCGGAAAGCUCGCCGAAUAUUGUUUUGACUGGGGUCAAGCCUCGGGCGAUCUCCGACGAACAGCACAUAACGGUCAUGGAUUUGCAAAUGCUCUGGAAAUCCGAAAGUCUAGGACUGGAUGAUAAAACUCAAGAAGAAGAGAAAGAUACCUUGAACGAGGCUCUCAUUGAGCACUUCAAGGAGACCAUCAAACGGGAUCCUGACGGACGCUACAUCGUGUCGAGCUUCUUGAAAAAGCUAUCCAAAAAGCCCACUGAGCUCAAGGCGGUGGACGAUGAAGUAGCGAAUUAUUUAGCCCACGAUUUCAUUGAACGAGCUUCACCUAGAAAGCCGGAUCAGAUGGCGCAUUAUUUGCCCAUACAAGCAGUGUUCAAAACUAGCCCGGCGGCUCCAUUGGGCCUGAAAACCAGACUCGUUAAAGACGCCAGCGCGCGGAAAGUCAAUGAAGCGGGCCUGAACGACAUACUACACGUCGGUCCCUUUCUUUUGCCAAAUCUCCUCAAAGUGUACAUCAAAUUCCGUCGAUACAAAUACACUUUAACGGCGGAUAUAGAAAAGGCCUUUCUACAAUUUAAGGUGGCCGAGGCCCAUCGCACGUUCCUCCGGUUUUUCUGGCCGCUCGGAAUUAGCACAAACCCUCAAGCAAAAAUCGUAGAAUUUUGGGCUACUAGAUUGGACUUCGGUCUCGUAUGCUCUCCUUUUAUUCACUGCCAGGGUAUCAGACACCACUUGGAGCAAGCUGCGAGAAGUCGUCCAAAGGACAAAGAGUUCAUCCGAGAAAUUCUUGAGACCUUCUAUAUGGAUGAUUGUGUAUUCGGUUCGGACUCUUUCCAGGACGCUCAAUCGAAAAUUCGGGUACUCUUCGAGGUGUUCCAAGAUGGGCAUUUCCCUCUAAAAAAGUGGCAAACGAACUGUGAGUCUCUGGGCGACUUCAUUCAAAAAAUUUCGCCUGUGGAGGCCCCGGAAGUGAAAGCGGGAAAAGCAGAUGCCAAAUUUUUGGGCAUAUGCUGGAAUCAAGAAACGGAUAAAAUUCACGUUUCCGUUAAAGGGGCUUUAUCGGAACUCAGUUCGGGAGUCCCAUCUAAACGAAGACUUCUAAGAGGAAUACCUCAAAUAUUUGAUCCUCUCCGCAUUUUGAGCCCAAGCAUCAUAGCCGCAAAAGUUUUGUUACAACAAUUGUGGAAAACAAAAUUGGAUUGGGAUUCACCGUUGACCGGGACUUGUCUGGAGGCUUACAAUAAUUUCCUAUCCAAUCUUCACAAAAUAGAGGGGAUCGCUUUGGAUAGACACUACACGCUGGGCUCUGAGCCGAAUCGAAUGGAACUGCAUAUAUUUGAUUUGAUUUGA